CAGGGCUUGGUUGUUCACAGCUGGGUUAUGAUAACCCAAGAGUCUCUUGGGAGGGAAUUGUUGGCGGGAAUUAUUUUCGAACGAGAAGAGCGCCAGUAAAAAGCAGUUAUCAGCACGGCAAGUUUUCCCCGUCAAAUUCAACUUUAACCGCUGCAAUGAUUGGACUGAGGUCGAAGGAAAGUAACACAGCGACAUGUAAACCACAACUUGUUAUUGUGGAAGGAAACAUCGGGGUUGGCAAAUCAACUCUUUCGUGUCAAUUAGCCAGGAAGCUUAACUAUCGCGUCUUUUUGGAACCCUCCGCGAAGAAUCCUUACCUGGCAAAGUUCUACAAGGAUCCAAAGAAAUACGCUUUGAAACUACAGUUAUGGAUCUUCAAACAACGAUUCAGGACUUACAUUGCGGCAACCAAACAUGUCCUUCAAACCGGCCAAGGCGUGCUGUUGGAUAGAUCAGUUUUCAGUGACACAGUAUUUGCUGAAGUGAAUUUUCAACAGGGGACAAUAUCUUCAGAAGGUUAUGAAUAUUACAAGGACUUGAAGAAAAAAGCUUUACAGUCAGUUCCAAUUCCUCACACCACCCUGUACCUUGAUGUUUCUCCUGAGACUUGCACUCAACGCAUCCAUGGACGAGGAAGGGAUUAUGAAAGUGAGAUUCCCCUAGAAUAUCUCUAAGGACUUGAUGCAUCAUAUAAAAAGUUCUUAGAGGAAAUGAGAAAGGUGGGAUCCAGAGUAUUGGAAUAUAACUGGACAGAUUUUGGAUAUAACUUUGAAGUUGCAGAAGACAUUAAAAAUGGUGUUGUUUCCAGCUGGGAUGAGGACAAUUUACAUGCCUUUAACAAACUAGUAUCAGAUGAAUCACUUCUCAAGGAAGCCUUAACACUAGAUCGUUUUGUUCAAGAAGCUGAUAUCAGUGAGGAUGAGGAGGGUGAUACUUCAACAAAAGAACCACGAUCCCAACCUACGUGUAAAUUCAAACAAAGCACGGGGACAUCAAAUGCAAGUUCAUUACAAAAGUUGGAGUCCUGUGUGGAAAGUUAAUUGCUGUUAACAUGGCUGAUUUGUUUAAAAUUGGGAAUUUUUACAAUUUUAGUAAAAAUCUAUAUAUUUAUUGUGAUCUGCAAGACUGCUAACUUUCUUAAAUCUUAACAAUGCAAUCACUGUUGUUACCUUUUUACACCACAAACCAGAUUAAAAACAUCAAAUUUUUUGUGAAAUAUAUUUCCAUGAUCAUAAAUCGCAAAAGUGAAUCAACAGUAUAGUGUUGUUCAAGAUCAUUUCAAAUUAUUUAAGGACCCAGGGAUGACAAUAAUUUAGUUCUCAAUAUUGAAAUUAAAUGGUUUUAAAAUGUUUUUUACUCUAUUGGAUUGACUGAUAUGAACAUUACACAAAAUUAUGUAUUCUUUCUAAUUAUCAUUUGAAAGAGUUUUAUGGAUUAUUUUUGUGUAUUUCAAGUUUGUAAAGUUAAUUUCAUUUUUUGUUUUGGUUUGUUUGUUGGUUUGUACUUUCCAAAAAUUCUAAGUGUUUUCAGUGGAUCCAUGAAAGGUCACUGUUUUGUCAUUUAGUGAGGACAUCUAAGCAAGAUUACAAUAAUUCCUGGAAUUGUAUGUGUAUAUUAAAGGCCAUCAAGUCUUCCUCCCCCAUCCUCCUUCACUUUUGCAAAGACAAAUAACACCAUAGUAAACCAUGAAUCUUUAUAGGGAUUGAGUACUAAAUUAUUGAUGCUAUACUUAAUAUGACACUCCAAGAACUGUUUUAAUUUAAUACAACCCCAAGGCACUUGUCCAUGAAUGUACGAAGACUUUCAUCUUUCUGGAAGAGGUGAAUUGUCUAUGAAUAAUACACUUGUAUACUUGGAAUGCACUUGUUGUCAUUUGUAAAAUAAAGCUGGUAUUUAUAUCUACCUUCAAA